CGUCCCCAUUCCCGGUUUACCAUAGAACUGUACCACAGACAGGCACACCAAAUAUCACUACCUGCCUACUCAUCAUCCAACAACAUGUCUUCGAUCCAGUAUUAAUACUCUGUCCAUGUCUACUCUAUCUUCUACUCCACAGUAGACUUGCAUCCCACUCACAAAAGCCCAUUUACCUCUCUGCUUUGCGUGGUAUACCGAAGAGCCUUCCUUACGCCGCUUGCCGUUUGCGGGGCGCCAGCUGUGCCGAGUCCUUCUAUCAUCUGAUCCAACUCGGCGUUGGCAACAUCUAUCUCAUCGCUCAACUUUUUCACCCAACAUCCACAAUGUUCGCCGCGAAGAGGCUGGGCAAAGAAUUACAAAAGGCUAAAUUAAAACUUCCGCCGGGCAUCGAUCUCGUGAAGUCGGAUGACUUCCGAGAAUGGCAAGUUGACAUUCAGGUCUUGGACAGCAACCCUCUAUACCUCAAUCAGGUCUAUCGUCUCUGUUUCAUCUUCUCCGACAGUUACCCUAUAGAGGCCCCCGAGGUCUGCUUCAUCCAUGUCCCAGCUUCAGCCAGCGAUCCUGCCGCCACUUCUUCCUCAUCGUCGUCAUCAUCAUCGUCGUCAUCACAGCCUUCAUCUUCCCCAUUCGCCGGCCGUUCUAUCCCCAUCCACCCCCACAUCUAUUCCAAUGGCAUCAUCUGUCUCGACCUACUCGGUUCAGCAGGCUGGUCUCCAGUCCAAAGUGUUGAAAGCGUGUGUAUGAGCAUCCAGAGCAUGUUAACCGGCAACACCAAGAAUCAACGACCAGAAGGGGAUCAACAAUUCUGUCAAAGCAUGGGAGUGAGGGGGCCACAUGGCUGGGGUGGAAGGAGGAGCGGCGGCAAUGGUAGAGGAUUAAGAGACGUCAGAUUCGCAUACGACGACGACACAGUAUGAGAGAUACACAGGAUGCGAUGCAGCCGUUAAUGACCAUCAUGACAUGUAAGCAAACUAGAGCACGGCGAUCUGGCAAUGGGGCUCAAAUCUGGCGUUGGAUGGUGAAACCCUCCUGCGGGAAAGGGGAAUGGACAUGGGAACAAGGGCAGUUCGAGGCCGUUUCUUGACCAAGAGAUGCAUACCUCUCAUUGUCUUGAAUAGAGACGAACUGGCACAGGCGUAUCAGCGAUAUUGGGUUUCUCCUUGGAGCCAUGACCGUUGGGGCAAUAUUGGUAAAGUCAUAGAACAUCAUUUCCAUUGGUGACUUCUCACGAUUCUUGAUGGGUUCUUUUGGAGAAAAUAAUCCCACCAGGACACAGAACAGUAUCGACAGGACAAGAGCCUUUGCUCUCAUCUCGGCUUCCUUCCAGG